AUGCUGCUCUUUACCCUCCUUUGUUUAACUUUUCUGAUCAGCAGCAUCAGUGCAGGUAUUUCUUCUCAAAUUUUUAUGUUCAGAAAUGACAAGGAGAGCAGAACUGCUAAAUGUGGCCUACGACCAUCUUAUGGGUCCUUUCAGGGGACUGACAAAAGGUUCACGAAAGGGAGUUAUGCCAUGGAAGGGGAGUUCCCGUGGCAUGUGAGCAUCCAGAGCAAUGGGAGACAUGUCUGUGGAGGCACCAUAAUCAGCGCAUUGUGGAUUUUGACUGCAGCUCAUUGCUUUGGAGAAGAGAUGCCACCAGACCUCACUGUUUUAGUGGGGGGAAUUGACCUCAGUGUCCCGCUGGAAGAACAUAAGCCAGACAGCUUGAUCGUCCAUGAAAAAUUUGACAGAAUGUCCAUGCAAAAUGACAUUGCUCUGAUCCUGCUCAGCUCUCCCAUUGAGUUCAGCAAUGAGAAAAUCCCUGUCUGCUUGCCCUACAUGCGUGACAUCAAUAUGUGGCAACACUGCUGGAUUGCAGGGUGGGGAACCACAAGUGCAGCGAUUGGAAGGCCAACAUCCCACAUGAUGCAGAAAGCACCAAUGAAGCUCAUCAGCAGGCAGCAGUGCUUGAAGAGUAUCCCACAGCUAGUGGAGAACAUGUUCUGUGCUGAGAUGGAGAAAAGAAGAAGAGGUGCUUGGCAGUCACAGGUGGACAGCGGGGGACCUCUGGUUUGCAGCAACAGGAACACCAUGAAGUGGUUUCAGGUUGGCAUCGUCAGCUGGAAACAAGAUCGUGAAGACAAUGAGGUCUUGUUGUCUGUUUACAGUUACCGUCACUGGAUAGAGACUGAGACAGCCAUAAGGGGGAAACCUUUCUUCAUUGAAGGUGUGGAUAACUAUGCUAAUAGUCAGUUGUCCUCCAAGGCUGAGCCACAGCUGCUGUGUCAGGGACUGGACAUCAGGAAAUAUUUCCUAAUGCUGCAAUCUAUUCAGCUACAGAAUUGUUUCCCCCAGAGGAAAUGA